AUGAAUAAAACUGUCACAUUAAAAAGUUUAAAUAAAAUAAAAGCGGUGACGUCUGCAACGCAAAAUCCAUUACGUCGCAGUGCUGGCGGUCGGUUAAUAAGUAUGACCCUAAAGCGAAGUGAUACAAUGAAUAAUGGAGCUAAACACAAAAUGAAAGAAUGUCUAAUGACGAUCGUAACUAACAGCUGUCUUCUAAUCUUAAAAGACGUUUCAAAAGCCUUUUUAUGCACUUAUAGUGCAACUCCUAUUAACUCUUUUCUAUUUCCAUAA